GCGACUAGCGGUCGCUCAAGGCCGCGGCGCAUCCUCGCCGAAUGACGCGGAAUCGCCGCGGCGGACGUGCUGUUGUGCGGCCGUGAGUUAAGCCGCGUCUCGACGGGGAGGUGGAACGCGCAGUUUCCCCGCGUAGAAACAGCCGCAAGGAACGUGUUAUGACGCGGCCGGCCGGGGUUCGCGCAGUCCGGUGGCUCGUCGCAGCGUAGUGCGCAAAGUGUUCCGCUUGUUGCACAGUUGCCAAGGCGACUAGACGUGCGUGCGUGCGUGCGUGCUGCGUGUGCGCGCACCGCGCACCUGGUACUACGCGGUGUGUUAUGAUAAGAGGCCGAUCGCCGUCAUUAUCGGGACGCAGCUCUCGUGUCACCUUGACGCCGUCGCCGCUUUUGCCGUCGACGACGCCUCGAUGCCCCGCGACGACGUGGUCUGAGUAAAAGUCGCCGCGCAUCAUGGACUACCCGGUGCUGGGCCACUACGACCCCACGGUAGAGGCCACGGACCACGGCAGCGGCGAGGAGGAGCAGGAGCUGCUCUGGGAGGAAUGUAAUUAUGUUGUACCUGGGGACGAGUAUGUGCCUGCGGCGGAGCAGUUUGGAGAGGAGUUUGCCGGGGCCGAGUUUCACGAGACCAGAACGUUGCUCGCCGACGGCGGCGACAGAUUCGGCGUUUCCACUGCCACUUUCGACACGAUCGAGGAGCUUAUGUGGAUGGGGAAUCAAGGGGGCCACGUGACGUCCUACUACGGGCCUGGUUUACAAAAAUACACGUCUUUCCAAGUCCACGCGACGCAGGAGAUACGCCACAUUCAUACCAUAGACGAGGGUAUCUUGGUGUUGACGCAGAGUCAAUUGAGAUGUCAACUGCGGAGGGGCAUACCUAUAUUCACCCAUACGUCGGUGAAUAUGAACGACAUGCAGUGUAUGUUGCAAAUCUCCCCAAACAGACUGCUCAUGGGUGGACAUCAGGAUAAAAUAAUUGAUUUCAACCUUACCAGAGGAAAAGAGACUGGAUUAGUGGAUGUGGAUGAGAAUGGCUGUGCGAUUUUGAGGCAACACAGUAGGCUCAUCUGUGCUGGUAAUCCCGUGGGAAGAAUCGACCUCAGGGAUCCAAAUACGUUAUCGAUAGAACAUACUUUGGACACGCACAGUGGUUCCUUGAGCGAUUUCGACGUUCAAGGGAAUUAUCUCGUUACGUGUGGGUUCAGCAACAGUCGUCAGGGUCUCACCGUCGAUCGAUUUUUAAUGGCCUAUGAUCUGAGACAAAUGAGAGCGUUAAGCCCAGUCACUACUAUGGUAUAUCCUCUCUUAUUGAAGUUCCUACCAAGUUAUUCCAGUCGUCUCGCAGUAGUAUCGCCACUAGGACAGAUGCAACUGCUUGAUACAAUAUAUGCUAAUGUACAACCGUCAAUGACGUGUUUAUAUCAGGUUGCUACUGGCGGCGCAGCGAUAUUAUCAUUUGACGUGGCUUCUACAUCUCAAUGUCUUUGCUUUGGAGACUCGGCAGGCUCUAUACAUUUAAUGUCCACCAAUAACCCAGAACCUCAAUUUAAUACAUUUUCUAGGCCUACGGAGUUUGCCGAUCCAAUUGAGACAAUACCAUCGAUCCCUUUUGAUGACGAUGUCACACCGUAUAGUACGAUACCAAUGGUAUAUUCAGAUCAACCACUUCUAAGCGACUGGCCUGAAGAAUACUUGAAAAAAAUUUAUAGGAAAACGCCACCAAUAGAUCCCGAGAUCUUGCGCACAAUGAAAAUGCAGGGAACAAUAGGAUACGCGCCAAACCCUCAGGCUUUUCGCAGAAAUCAAAUACCGUACAAUCUGGAAAAACGAUGGGGCUUAGUCGCGAAGCCUUUCGCGGGGGACUCACGGUCUAAAACAGACGACGGCACCUUUGUAGCCAUACCUAAGCGUUAUCGUAAAAUCGAGUUGAAAUACUCACGGCUCGGUUACGACGAUUUCGAUUUCGAUCAGUACAAUCGAACCAGUUUCUGCGGCCUGGAGGCUACACUUCCCAACAGUUAUUGCAAUGCUAUGCUGCAGUUGCUUUACUACUGCGAGCCUGUAAGAGUAGCAUUGCUCUCGCAUUCGUGCCAACGAGAGUUUUGCCUUUCCUGCGAAUUGGGAUUCUUGUUUCACAUGCUGGAUACAUCACGAGGCUUUCCCUGCCAAGCUGCGAAUUUCCUUAGAGCUUUUAGGACAGUACGGGAAGCGUCAGCUUUAGGACUUAUACUGAACGACCCAGAAUCCAAGAAAAAGAUCAAUUUGAUUGUGCUCAUACAAAGCUGGAAUAGAUUCAUUCUACAUCAGAUACACUAUGAGAUACUAGAAACUAGGAAGCGACAGCAAAAGGAAGAGGAGGCAGCGCGACUUAAGUCGGGUUCCAAAUACCCCCCAUUCGUUUAUAACGAGCAGGACUUCCCUAGCAUUCUUGAGGAUCUCGGUUCUCGAUAUAGAAGCCACGACGAGGAGAGGAAAAAAAAGAGGAAGCAGGAGGAGGAUGGUAAAUAUAUGUGGAUCACAUCGAAAGAUAAGACGACCAAAAAAUCCACCGAAGAGAAUGAAGUGCGAGAUGACGAAACAGAGAUCAGUCGUCUAUUUGGAUCUGAACAAAUGCACAUACAUCGCUGUCUCAAAUGUGGGCAAGAAGCUACAAAACAUUCCAUCAUGUUACUUUGUAACUUGGUUUAUCCAGAAAUAAUUAAUCCUUCUGAAGAGGUACCGUUCACAAAUGUUCUUGCCCGCAGUUUAAGACCUGAGAAAAUUACACCCGCAUGGUGUGACAAUUGCCAGAAAUAUACACCUACUCUCCAGUCUCGACAAUUGACUAAACUACCUCAAAUACUGGCUUUAAACUGUGGCUUAGAUACUCAGCAGGAUAAGGCGUUUUGGCAAAAUCAAAUGGACAUCGUGGUGCAAAACGUGUUGACGGGGAAAGAGAGCAGUCCCAGCUCCAGUCCGGUGCCUGUUACCGCGAAGCUCUGUCGAUAUGGCAAUAAUUGCACGAGAACUGGCUGUCGGUUUAGGCACGUUGGCCGCGACUCAGAGACAGAAAAAUUAUCAACGUCAUCCUCUACUCCAUCUACCUCGUCGACGGCGCCCGUUACAUCGCCUCCUAGUCACUUGUAUUAUCUGCACUCCUGGAUACCUCACAACAUAGAGAUCUCCCUCAAAGAAAACGGGGAGAUGUCGGUUAAAAAGAUCAGCGAAUUGAAAAACGAAUCGAAUAGCGAUACGUCCGCGCAGACGAGCGUGAUAGAGAACGGCCAAGAUGACAAAACGGUACAAGUAACUUCCGAGAAUGCCGGCGACAACGGUGAGGAAAAUGUCGAAAAUUGUAAUAUAUCAUCGAACGUGGAAGACGACGAAGCCGUGAAAAGUACAAAUCCGGAGAUCUCUUGUAACACUCAGAAGAUACAGUACGGUCUCAGUGCUGUAGUCUGUUACAUCGAUGAUAAAAAUAACGAGGAGCGGAGGAACAUUGUGGCACUGUUACAAGUUGGACCAAGUUAUCACGAACGAUCGGCAGGCAACGCCGUGUCGCAAUGGUACAUUUUCAACGAUUUCUGUAUACAACCAGUGACACCGCAGGAAGCGGUAUGGUUUAAUCUCGAUUGGAAAGUUCCAUGUGUGCUCCAUUACACAGCGAUACCUGCACCCGAACCAACACAACUUGUCAGCCCUCUUACGUACGACGUAUUCGGAGAAGAUAAAUGUAUCGCUCGCAGUGGUGGGACCAGAGUCAUUACAUUUACUCCCCUGUCGUCCGACGAAAUGCCUAAGAAAGGCGAGUUAGUAGGGAUCGAUGCAGAAUUCGUUACUUUGAAUCAAGAAGAAUCUGAGCUGCGGAGCGAUGGAAAGAUGUCAACUAUAAAACCGAGCCAUAUGUCGGUCGCACGAAUCACCUGUAUACGCGGGCAUGGUCCAUUAGAAGGUAAAGCGUUUAUAGACGAUUAUAUAAGCACUCAGGAACAGGUGGUUGAUUAUCUGACAAAAUUCAGCGGGAUCCAGCCGGGUGACUUAGACGCGAACUUUAGUAGCAAACAUCUUACAACUCUGAAAUCGACGUAUCAAAAGUUGAGGUUCUUAGUGGACAACGGCAUAAUCUUCGUCGGGCACGGCCUGAAAAACGACUUUAGGGUGAUAAAUUUGGUGGUGCCGCCGGAGCAAAUAAUAGAUACAGUUUUAUUAUUCCACUUACCUCAUCAUCGUAUGGUAUCAUUACGCUUCUUGACAUGGCACUUUUUGGGUAAAAAUAUUCAGUCUGAAACUCACGAUUCGGCCGAGGACGCACGAGCAGCUUUAGAAUUGUAUCGCAAGUACAAGGAGCUCGAGAGCUCAGGCACGUUGACAGAAACGCUGAAAGAACUCUACGAAGUGGGCACCCAAUUACAGUGGAAAGUCCCCGAUAGCUGAUACGAGGAUAAUAUAUAUAACGAUAUAGAUGAAGAAAUCAAUAGUGAUAAUAACGAUUAGAUGAUAUGAAUGUUCAUGUGUCCGUUGUCUGAUCAUCAUUGUUCAAGAGGUACUCGACGAGCGCCAUUCGCAUCCGUCGAUAAAAUGUCGAUGUUUAAUCCAAUGUUAAAGAUAGGUUCGCAUACUCGUCAUUCACAGAGAACAGAUUUAUUCAACGCACAAGUAAUAUUAUUAGACGGAAUUUUUCGAGAUUCCAUAUCACGUGAUGCAAUCGGAAGUAUGCAGAUUUGAAGGUAUUGAUAUUAAUUUACGCGUUAUUUUUUCGCUCAUGCGUUAGAUCAUUGUUGCAUUCGAGAAUAUAUGGUAUACGAGUACCGUAUUUAAUGGUAAUACGCCAAAUCAUACAUUUUUUUCACUAUCUUAGCAAUUGCAUACAGCCCGUUAAGAAGAAUAAAUGAGAAAAUUGUUGAUUGUGAUUUUAAAGAUAGAAAUUAAGCAUAAUAUAAAUUUGUACAUAUUGUCUGACAACGUAUUGGCGUUUUGAGGAGCAGUAACGAUCUCGCACUGCCCGAUAGAAUGUUCGCUCCAAUUUCCUGUCAUUCAUAUUGUAUCCCAGAGAUAACGUAUUCCAUCUCGAUUCAAUUGCCGAAUAUAGACGUAAAUAGUUAUAGCGCAAUAGCAAUAAUCGAAUUAUAUAUUUUUAAGUACACAAUAUCUCACUACUUUCUUUUAUACGUAUUUUCUUUAGUGCAUCAACUUUUGUACGAUUUUACAAAGAAGUUGACAUUCUUUUUAUAAAAAUAUUUCACAGAUUUUAGUUUCCUCGACCUCACACACACACAGUCGCCUUCACACGUUUGCACAAAUACCAAUCACAUUUGUCGCCGUUGUAACUAUUAUCCAUUUGUCAAAACUGAUCCAUUUGCGUGAAAGGUUCUCAAAACGCAAAAAUCUAUUAACGAUGAUAUGUGGUAGCAUAUUUUACAAACUGACAAUUGUAUGCAUUAUAAAUUAUUUUUAUAUACCUUUUAUCAAUGAAAGAAUAUGAAGGAUACUGUCCAUGAUAUUUAAACAAAAUGACGAGAAUAUGAAGCAUAUAUUUUUUUAUAUCUGGAAGAAUUUUCUUAUAUAUAAUUUGUGCACGAUAUAACUUACACUGAUUUCAACAAUCAAUGCGAUCAGUAAAUAGCACAAACAAUACACAGGUUAAUCAAACGUUUAAUUUAUAUCAAUCACUGGUCAUUGUAAUUUUGCAAUAAAUGAUUGUAUAAAUUUAUCCUGUACAGUUUUUUUUCUUUUCAGUUAUAAUCGAACUUUCAGCAAAUUUAUUAGGGGAGUAAUUAGCAGUAUACGCAAAAUAGUGUUAAUUUCAUUAGAUGUAUAUAUAUAUAUUUUUUAAUAUUUAUAUCUUAACGUUGUAUGUACAAGUCAAUUCUAGCUCCCUAUCUAUUUAUACCAGAAAGAUACAAAUCUUUUCUAAUUGAAUAUUAUUGCGUUAAACCACUUUUCGUGGAUAGUUUUAGUAACGUAAAUUAAUAAUUUACAGAUUGUACACACAUUCACCUUGCGCGCGUGACGGCACAUCACGCUAUUGUUACGGCGCUCAAGCAUACGUUACGGUAUUAUGUAUAUAACAUAAAAAUUUAAUAAAUAAUUAAAUCCAUGCGAUUUCAAAAUCGCUCUUCGGGAAGACGUAGACCCUUCUCAAACGAAUUUGAAUUCGAAACACUGCUAAAGCAGCAUCCAAAAUACGAAGAUGUAAAAAACAUCUGAGAGACAUCUGAAGAAUUGUCUACGGCGUGACUUACUAUUCAAUAUCCGAUCAUCAAAGUGCUCGUGUGAAAGGGGUCUUACAGGACAUUAUCUAUAAUGUUUUCGGCACCGAAUGAGCUUUGCUAAGAGAAUCGUCGGCGAGAUACGAAGUCGUUUUCGAGUUCGUGCCGACCGAGCACGGGUAAAAAAAUAAUUAGUUGUACUCUAUCGUAAAAAAAGACAGCGGAAGCGACGAGGCACGUAUCAAGGCGUUCUACCGCGAUUGACGGUAUACAAAAAAAUAACAUUAUACAUAUACGUAUAUACACGAAGAUACGAUUCGUCGAAGAAUGUCGAGAUAUUCGUUCGUAUCUGCCGACUGUACGCGCGGCUUAAGUAAUUACAGGUAAUAAUUAAAAAAAAA